AUGUCAAACUUGGAUUGUUCCCUCUGCCUGAACCCUGAAACCCUUCUGCAUGUAGUCGCGGGAUACCAGUCAUACCUUCCACGAUUUACUUGGAAACAUGACUCCAUUCUCAAUUUUGUCGCAAAAAUAUUCCAACCUGAACACAACUCCACGCUAUUUGUUGAUCUUCCUGGAUACAAGAGCCCAUCAAUAAUAACCGGUGACACUUAUCGCCCAGAUCUGCUUCUUUCGAUUUCAAAUGAUUGUCUGUACAUACUCGAACUCUCUGUCGGAUAUGAAUCCAAUCUCCAAAACAACGUCGAUCGCAAAAGGGAAAGAUACAAGGAUCUAAUUACGCAGCAGAAAGACCAUUUGAAAACUGUCAAAUUUAUUAAUUUGUCUAUUACUGCCUUAGGUGUUUUCUCCAAAGAAUGUAGCACGUUUAUGAAAAUGUUGAACGAAGUUGGUCUUGAUAAAAAACAUCAGAACUUUUGUCUUAAUAAGAAAAUAAUGUCCGUCGCCGACAAAAAAAC